AUGCCUGUCACGUCUCAAAUUGCCCUGACCCUGGGCCUCUUCCUGGGUGCUUCUGCUGCCCCGAACUCUAUUGAGGCGCCCACUGGUGCUGAUAAACUCACCGUUGCUCUCCUCGGAGAUUAUGGAUGGACUGGUUGGCAGCCUCUGCCUCUGGACUUUUGCGACAAUGUCUUGCCUAAGCUCAAGGCCGACGGUGUCGAUAUCCCUCGCCAGAUCCAGAACGAUUGCGAUGCUGGUGACCGCGAUGCUCUCUCCAAUGCUACUAUCGAAGAGACCAAGACUGCCCAGUAUAUCGAGGAGGUGUGUCUCAUGAAGAACUGCUCGGCCUUCGUGUCCGUCGGCGACAACUUUUACGAUAGCGGUGUCGACUUUACUUCGACCGGUAUUCAGCGCUUCUACGAGGGCUGGCGUGAUAUGUAUGUGGGUGAGGCCUUUGAUGGCAAGCCCUGGUACCAGGCUAUUGGUAACCAUGACGUUGUUGUUGGCAAAGCUGGUGUUGAAUUCCAAACUCAUAUCGCCCCCUUGAUGGAUGAUCGCUGGUUCUUCGGACACGAUAAGCUGCCUUACUAUACCUACGAUCUAAAGGGCUCCGACUGGACUGCCACCUUCGCUGUUGUCGAUUCGGAUUGCUUUAUCAACGAUUACCAGAAGAAUACCUCCGUCUAUAACACCGACUACGUCAUCGAGUGCCAUAAGCACACCCAGAAGCAGGUUGAAUUCCUGCGCAAGUCCUUCGCCGAUUCUAACGCCACCUGGAAGAUCUUGCAGAUCCACCACGGCUAUAUCUCUUCCUCGGGUAACUAUACUGAGCUGGCCCCCCUGAUCAAUAUUGUCCGCGAGAACAACGGCGUCGUCAUCAAUGGUCACGACCACUGUAUGGCUCACUACCAGUAUCAGGGCUUAGACUUUGUACUCACUGGUGGUGCUGGUUACGCCCAGGCUGGCGACUGCAACUUUGGCGUGCCUCUUGGUCCUUUCGCCAAGUGGCUCGGUGCGAACGCCCAGCAAGCUGCUAACGGCUUCGUCACUCUCGAUAUUACCUCCGAGUCCCUGCAAUUCGAGUACUACGCUCGUGACAUGCAGCUAAAAGGUACUGAUUACUACCCUGUGCCCAACGACAUGAAGCCUUCGUAUAGCUUCACCGUCACUGAGCACGCCACUAAGGGCAAGAACUAG